AAUUGUUUCCCGGAUCUGAGGGAAAUGGGCAGGGAAAACAACUCUGAACUGCCAAAAAGAAAAAUUUAGUGUACCUCUGUUCAUGUUUACAUUCGCUGUGUUUCACUAAGCAGGAUACGAGAACUUAGUAAUUUUAAUUCAUCCUAAACUUUAUCGACUUUUAAGAUAUUUAACGAGAAAUCUCAAGACAUUCUGACGAUGAACAGCUCAAGACACCUUUCGACAUUGCUACAGGCUGUAUUAUUUUCUGCAAUCCUCUGCAGAGGUGAAAAUCCAAAAUUCAAAUUGCUGACAGACGCCAUGAACUGCUCUUUAACACAUAGAAUGAAGGAAAAUGGUAGAAAUGGAAUUUUGUCUAUGCUGGGAGGUUCAGAAAUCGCGAAGUGCUCUAUUGAAGUGGAUGUUAGAAAUGGAUUCUUGUCUAAGCUGGGAUACGCAAACAUCGCGGUGUACUACAUUGGAGUCAAUAGUCCAGUGGAUGGUAAAAAUUCGAACGCUGAAUACGUCGGAUACUUCAGAAUCACUGACAUUUCUGUAAUGUACAUCAAUGGAAUGAAUGAGACAGAUUCUAGUAUUUUUGAUGUUCAAAUCACUGUAACAAGAAACAGCUUAACAAGAAGGAUACUCGUUUUCGUUUUAGUUGCAGUACUUCCAAUAUUUUUGAAUGUCAUUCUUUUCAUAUUCGUUAAAUGUAUAAAACAAGUAGUUUGCAAGCAAACUGUAAGCAAACUGAAAGUUGCAACUUGCAGUUCGCAAACAAGGCUUGUGUAAUACUUGAAAUUUUACGUACAUGGAAAUACCGAUAAAUGUUUGUACUAUGAUAAUCAAAGAAUAAAGACUUAUUCUUUUCUUAUCA